UUGCGAAUUUAUCUCCAUCUUCUACAACGAGUGCUUCGCUCAUUCCUUAAUUGAUUCAUCUUUGUAAAAAUCGCAUGCGUUGUGCUUCCUUCUCGAGUUUCAGUUUGUCUCUUGAGGACGCACUUCAUCUUCUCCAACGUUUCUUAAAAUCCUCAAACCAGGUUAAGCAGAUUCACAGCGUCCUCUUUACCAGCAACGCAUUGGUCGCUUCAAGAUGGAAGACGAAACACGUCUACAACACUCUCAUUCGAUCCUAUCUCACUACAGAACACUACAAGACUUCUCUGGCUCUCUUCAACCAUAUGCUUGCAAACCGAGUCCAACCAAUCAAUCUCACUUUCCCUUCUCUGAUAAAAGCAGCUUGCUCUUCCUUCUCUGUUUCCUAUGGUGUUGCCUUACAUGGCCAAGCUCUUAAACGGGGUGUUCUAUGGGACCCAUUUGUUCAGACUUCUUUUGUUCGAUUCUAUGGUGAAGUUGGUGAUUUGAGAAGCUCGAGGAAGAUGUUUGAUGAAAUUGUACACCCUUGUGUUACAGCUUGCAACUGUAUGCUUGAUGCCUGUGGAAGAAACGGAGAGAUGGAUUCUGCUUUCCAGUUGUUUCAGAGAAUGCCUGUAACUAAUGUGAUCUCUUGGACGACCGUAAUCAGCGGGUUUGGUAAGAACGGGUUACACACCAAAGCUGUAAUGCUUUUCGGUGAGAUGAUAGAGAACGAGCGUGUGGUACGAAUAACACCGAAUGAGGCUACCUUCGUUUGUGUACUUUCUUCGUGUGCUAAUUUGGAUCACGGAGGUGUUCAAUUGGGGAAGCAGAUUCAUGGAUAUGUUCUGAGGAAAGAGAUCAUCCUCACUACUACUUUGGGUACUGCUUUGCUCGAUAUGUAUGGAAAAGCCGGUCAUUUGGGUAUGGCUUUGACUACUUUUUAUCAAAUUCGUGAUAAAAAGGUUUGUGCUUGGAAUGCGAUAAUAUCAGCUCUUGCUUCCAAUGGUAAGCCUAAGAAAGCGCUAGAGAUGUUUGAGAUGAUGAAAUCGAAGAAUGUGCAUCCGAAUGGGAUCACUUUACUUGCAGUACUCACGGCUUGUGCUCGAUCUAAACUUGUGGACUUAGGUAUCCAGCUGUUCACUUCCGUAUGUAGUGAGUACAAGAUCACUCCAACACCAGAGCAUUACGGUUGCAUGGUUGAUCUCAUUGGCAGAGCUGGAUUAUUGGUUGAUGCAGUUAACUUUAUAAAGAAUUUGCCAUUCGAGCCCGAUGCUUCUGUUCUCGGAGCUCUUUUUAGCGCUUGCAAGAUUCAUGAGGAUGUUGAAUUAGGAAACAAAGUAGGCAAAACGCUUAUUGAAUUGCAACCUCAACACUGUGGCCAGUACGUGGCAUUGUCAACGUUAAAUGCUCUGGAUAGCAAUUGGGAAGAAGCAGAACAGAUGAGGAAAGCUAUGAUAGAAGCUGGAAUUCGGAAAAUCCCUGCUUAUACCAUACUGUCUUAAGGCUUGAGAAGUGAGAAUAGAUUGUUUCAGGCAAGAGUAACUAUGUAGUCUCUGUUCUUUUCUACUAUAUUCAUUUCAGUUCAUGUUGUGUCAGUAAAAUUGAUCUAAAUUGGUUAGGAUUUGCAAUAUUCUCUCAUGCGUUGAAAAACUGGAGAAAGCAAGAG